GCCCCGCCAUCAGGGCUGACAACCCGGAGGCGACCUUCGGGGACGUGGGCAAGCUGCUUGGGGAGGGCUGGCGCAACCUGGGCAAGGAGGAGCAGGCGGAGUACAAUGCGCGUGCCAAGGCCAUGAAUGAGGAGAGCGGCGCGCAGCCCAAGGCACCCAAGAGCAAGAAGGGCGCCGCUGCUGCGGGCGACGCCGAGGGCGGCGAAGGCAAGAAGGGCAAGGACUCCAAGAAGACUGCUGCAGCAGCAGCCAGCAAGCCCGGCAAGGCCCCCGGCAAGAAGGGCAAGCGCAAGAGCGCCGAUGGGGGCGAUGAGGGUUGCGAGGACGGGUUGCUAGGGCUGGCGGCGGCGGCUGCAGACGCGGGCGGCAUGGAGUUGGAUGAGGAGGGCGGUGACAUGGGCAUGGAGGAUGGUGAUGCGCCUCGGAAGCGAUCUGGCGGCGGCGGCGGUUCGUCGUCCCGCGGCAAGGGUGGCAAGGGUGGUAAGGGCAAGAAGCGC